AUGAAAGUUGGAGAUAAAGUUCUUCCAAAAUACGAAGGUACCAAAAUAGUUCUAGAUGACAAAGAUGAUUUCUUAUUUAGAGAUGGUGACAUUCUUGGAAGCUCAGGAAAUAACCCUUACAAGACGGUGGCCAUGAAGAUCUCUCUGCUGCUGGUGUCCCUGCUCCUGGCAGUGGUGCUGGGAGAUAAGGAAGAGGACCAUUCCAGAUUCCACACUAAGGUCAGAGGCUCCGGACCUCGAGGCCGCAGGUAUGCUGAGGGGACUUUCAUCAGUGACUACAGUAUCGCUAUGGACAAGAUCCGCCAACAAGACUUUGUGAACUGGCUGCUGGCACAGAAGGGGAGGAAGAAUGACUGGAAACACAACAUCUCUCAGAGGGAGGCCCAGGCCCUAGAGCUGGCCCAUCAAUCUAACAGGAAGAAGGAGGCCAGGGAGCAGCAGGGCUCCCUACCCAAGAACCCCGGUGAGGAGGAUUUGCUGAAGGACUUACUGAUUCAAGAGCUGCUGGCCUGGGUGGCGGAUCAGAAGGAGCUCUGCAGGCUCAGGUGCACAGCUGGGAGGCUUUGGGUGUCUAACCUAGUGGUUAUAAGCUCGCUCGAGCACUGGGGUCAGGCACAGGUUCAGAGCUUCACCCCAACAUAUGCUGGCAAGUUCUUAGACUCUCUGAACCUCGCUGUUUUCAUGAAGACUGGGGAUAUUUAA